UAGAGGAGGGGCCGUAAAUGAGGAACUGUAACACGAUUCAGUCCACACAGGAUAACACCCACUAAAGUUGGCAACAAAAGUCUGUUACAUUCCCACAGACCAACGCAUCCAUUCAAUUUCAUCGGGUGUUGUCUUUCUCUCUGCAUCCAUCUAGCGGUUUAGAAGAAUUCUCACCUCUUCAUCUCCAGAUUUCUCCAGAAACCAUUUCGAUUUCACAAUGGCAGCGUUGGGUAACCGUGGAACUGUGACUGAGGCAUCAGGCUUCAAACCAGAGGAAGAUGCCCAGAAACUGCAUAGCGCUAUGAAAGGAGCAGGCACCAACGAGGCAACCAUCAUCGAGAUCCUUGCUCAUCGCACUAUUGCUCAAAGGCAGAAAAUCAAAGAGGCUUUCAAACAGAGUGUGGGAAAGGAAUUGGUUGAUAGCUUGAAGUCAGAGCUUACUGGAAACUUUGAGAAGAUUGUGAUUGGUUUGAUGAUGCCAGCUCCGGUGUAUGAUGCAUAUGAACUGAGGAACGCCAUCAAGGGUGCAGGAACAGAGGAGGCAUGUCUUAUUGACAUCCUGGCCUCCAGAAGCAAUGCUGAGAUAAAGGAAAUCGUCGCUACUUACAAGAAAGAAUACGGCAAAAGUCUUGAGGAUGACGUCUGCAGUGACACUUCUGGAAUGUUCCAGAGGGUCUUGGUCUCUUUACUCACGGCUGGGCGUGAUGAGAGCACCAAGGUAGAUGAGGCUCAGGCUGUCAAGGAUGCAAAGGAAAUCUAUGAGGCAGGCGAGGCUCACUGGGGAACAGACGAGGUCAAGUUCCUCACCGUGCUGUGUGUGAGGAACAGGAAUCACUUAAUCCGAGUGUUUCAAGAGUAUCAGAAAAUUGCUGGUCGGAGCAUUGAAGACAGCAUUAAAAGAGAGAUGUCUGGCUGUUUGGAGGAUGUUUUUCUGGCAAUAGUGCAGUGCAUUAAAAACAAACCAGCAUUUUUUGCUGAAAGACUUUACAAGUCAAUGAAGGGUUUAGGCACCACAGAUAGCGUGCUGAUCAGGAUCAUGGUGGCUCGUGCCGAGAUCGACAUGGUCGACAUCAAGGCUGAGUUCCUUAAGAUGUAUGGAAAAACCCUUCACUCCUUUAUAAAGGGUGACACGUCGGGUGAUUACCGUAAGAUUCUGCUUGAGUUGUGCGGAGGUGAAAAGUAGCUGUGCCAUGAGGGGCCACCACAUCUGUCUUAUUCAUUAGUUUAAAAACACUUUCUGUCUCACACGUUGGCCUAUACAGCAUUUCAAACACAUUCCUUCUUUGUAAUACUAAUUAAAACCAAACAGUGAUGUUUUGAAUAGGAUUUGUGAUUUUGUUUUUGUUUUUUGUUAGUUGCCUUAGAUGGGCACAUCUUAGGGUUUGUCAAAUAAAUAACAGUCUAUAUUGACUGUAUUGACCUUU